CUCGGACGGACCGAGGCACCGACGGGCGGCCCCGGGCUCCGCGCGCUGGAAGAUGAACAGAGCAGAUUCACCCAAACCACCAGUCGCCCCCAAGCCGAAGGCUGCCAGUUCCCUCACGCCACAGACACCACCCAAAUUCUGCUCCUCAUCACUCCGGCCUGAAAACCUUCACAGCCCCAACUCCUCCAUGUCCAGGGGGCCGAAACCCCCUAUCGCCCCCAAGCCCCGGCUGGCCACCCCCAGCGAGUGGAGGGCCAGCGUCUACGUGAUCAACAGCUUGAACAAAUGCAGCAACGGGAAGCUGCCCUGCGUAGACAGGGGCCUCUGCGAAGAGCGCCGGUCCACACCGGAAUGCUCCGAGUCCGAGGCCGACGAGGAUUACAUCCUGGCUCCCAGGGCUCCGGCGGGAGAGGACGGAGCCAAGCAUGCGGGCUGCGUGGAGAGCACAGUCACUGGGCCUCCGGAGGCCGGCGAGGAGGAGGAGGAGGGCCAGGAGCGGGGCGAGGGGUGCGGGCCGGCGGGGCCCACGGGGCCCACGGCUGCAGAGACCUGGGCGGUGCUGAGUGGACAGGCUGACCGAGACGUCGCCCCCGCCCCCAAGGACGCGGAGGGGGCAGACUGUGCCGGGGCCGCGGGGACCGAGGACCAGACGUUCACGAGUGAGGAGGAGGAGGAGAAGCUGGCGGAAGAACACAGCGCCUGCAGCCAGGAGGACGGGGCGCCUGGAGACGGAGGGGCGGAGUCUCCGAGCGAUGGCAUCCCAGCGCACCUCGAGGUCGUGGGGGAUGCCGCGGCCGACGGCGAGGAGGAGCCCGGGGCCCCUGGGACCCCCGAGGAGGCUGAUGCAGAACCGGACUGCGGUGUGGACGAGGGGGAGAAUGCCGGCGAGGAGCCCCCAGAGGACGAGGGGUCGGCCACGGGUGUCCCCGAGGCCGAGGUGGCCAGAGACGACCCUGACGUCUCCCGGGAGGCGUGUGAAGAUGCCGCGGGUGAUGGCGGCCAGCACGGCGGGCAGGAUGAGCCGGCUGGCCCGAAUGAGAACGCUGACCGGGCAGAAGCGGAGCUGGGGGAGGACCCCCGGGAGGGCGAGGACCCGGUGCAGGAUGAAGCGGCCGAGGACAGCUGCCACAUCAUCCCGUUUGAGAGCGACAGCGUGGACGACCUCGUGCCUCCUCUCUCGGCCCGUCCCUACGAGCUCUUCCCCACCGAGAGCACCUCUUUCUGUAGCGAGAGCUACCCUCCUUAUUCCGAGUCCGCACAGGAGCCGGGGCCGGGAGAACGCGCGGAGCGGGACCCCGAGGCCGGGCAGGGGCGUGAGCGGCGGGGCUCCGCGCAGGGUGGCGCCGGGGAGGAGGACCCCCCUGUGCCCGACGUGCUGGUCCUGCCCGAGGACGAGGAUGCCAACCCCUACGAGAUGGGAGUCGGCCUGCCCUGCGGGGCGGACCCUGGGGAGGCGGAGACACCCGGAGCGCAGGCCGCCUCGGAGGAGCUGAGUCCCGACGCGGAGGGCGGCCUGCUCCCCAUCGACAGGAAGAACGUCAUGGCGAGGGCCAGGCCCCACUCCGGGAAGGUGGCUGGCUACGUCCCAGAAACGGUCCCGGAAGAAAUGGGGCCGGAAGCUGGCUCAGCGGAGGCGAGGAAGACAGUCCUGUCGCUGGAAGGGAAGCCGCUGGAUGUCGGCAGGGCCCUGCCUGCAAAGCCCAGAGCCUUCACGCUGUAUCCGCGAUCAUUCUCCGUGGAGGGCCGGGAGAUCCCCGUGUCCCUGUAUCGUGAGCCCGAGGCGUGCGGCCUCGACGGCCACGGCAUCAAGAGGAAGGAAGACAACUUGUCCCUGCCCUGUGUCAUCGGCUCCUCCGGCAGCUUCUCCCAGAGGAGCCACCUGCCGUCCAGCGGCACCUCCACCCCGUCGUCCAUGGUAGACAUCCCACCCCCGUUCGACCUGGCCUGCAUCACCAAGAAGCCCAUCACCAAGAGCUCCCCCUCGCUCCUGGUGGAGAGCGAGCCCCCGGACAAGCAGAAGAAAAAGAAGUCGUCCUUCAAGCGGUUCCUGGCGCUGACGUUCAAGAAGAAGACGGAGAGCAAGGUGCACGUGGACGUCAACGUGUCCUCGUCCAGGUCGUCCUCAGAGUCCAGCUACCACGGUCCGGCCCGGCUCCUGGAGAUGGACCGCAGGAGCCUCAGCAACUCGCCGCAGCUCCGGGCGCGGACGGGCAAGCUCCGGGCUUGCGACUCGCCCUCGUCGCUCAUCUUCUGCCGGGAGGGCAAGAGGAAGGGGGUCCCCUUCAGCAGGACGGUGUCCCGGGUGGAGUCCUUCGAGGACCGCUCGCGCCCCCCCUUCCUGCCGCUGCCCCUCACCAAGCCGCGCUCCAUCUCGUUCCCCAACGCCGACACCUCGGACUACGAGAACAUCCCGGCCAUGAACUCGGACUACGAGAACAUCCAGAUCCCGCCCCGGAGGCCCGCGCGGGUCGGGACUUUUACCAAGCUGUUUGAAGACCAGAGCCGGGCCCUGUCCACAGCCAACGAGAACGACGGCUACGUGGACAUGAGCAGCUUCAAUGCCUUCGAGAGCAAGCCGCAGAGCGCCGACCUGGAGGCGGAAAGCGCCUACACCGAGCCAUACAAGGUCUGUCCCAUCUCGACAGCGGCCCCCAAGGAGGACCUCACGUCGGAUGAAGAGCAUGGAAGCUCGGAGGAGGAGGAGGACAGUGCUGCGAGAGACCCCAGCCUCACCCACAAGGUGGAGGGACAGUCCAGAGCCCACGUCAUCGCGCAGGAGCUGCUGUCUUCAGAGAAAGCAUACGUGGAGAUGCUCCAGCACUUGUAUCUGGAUUUCCACGGAGCGGUCGUGAGGGCCUUGGAUGAGACGGACUACGAGGGCAAGGACCCGGUGGCCCGGGAGGAGCUGCGACGUGGCCUGAGUGAGCUCCCGGCCAUCCGCGACCUUCACCAGGGGAUCCUGGAGGAGCUGGAGGAGAGGCUGGCACAAUGGGAAGGCCAACAGAAGGUGGCUGACGUCUUCCUGGCCCGGGAGCAGGAGUUUGAGCACCACGCCGCUCACAUCCUGCAGUUCGACAGGUACCUGAGUCUGCUCAGUGAGAACUGCCUCCACGCCCCGCGGCUGGCAGCGGCCGUCCGAGAAUUUGAGCAGAGUCAGCAGGGAGGCGGCCAGAACGUGAAGCACCAGCUGCUGCGGGUGGUGCGGCGCCUGUUCCAGUAUCAAGUGCUCCUCACAGACUAUUUAAAUAACCUUUGCCCGGACUCGGCGGAGUAUGAUGACACGCAGGGUGCGCUGACCCUCAUCUCCAAGGUCACGGACCGUGCCAACGACAGCAUGGAGCAAGGCGAAAACCUUCAGAAGCUGGUCCACAUCGAGCACAGUGUUCGGGGCCAAGGGGAUCUCCUCCAGCCAGGAAGGGAGUUUCUGAAGGAAGGGACACUGAUGAAGGUAACAGGGAAGAACAGACGCCCCCGGCACCUGUUUCUGAUGAGCGAUGUGCUGCUUUACACGUACCCCCAGAAGGAUGGGAAGUACCGGCUGAAGAGCGCGUUGGCGGUGGCCAGCAUGAAGGUCAGCCGCCCUGUGAUGGAGAAAGUGCCCUACGCCCUGAAGAUCGAGACUCCCGAGUCCUGCCUGACUCUAUCUGCCAGCUCCUGCGCAGAGAGGGACGAGUGGCACAGCUGCGUGAGCCGGGCCCUGCCCGAGGACUACAAGGCCCAGGCGCUGGCCGCCUUCCAGCACAGCGUGGAGAUACGGGAGAGGCUGGGGGUCAGCCUGGGGGAGAGGCCCCCGACCCUCGUGCCCGUCACGCACGUCAUGAUGUGCAUGAACUGCGGCUGCGAUUUCUCCCUCACCCUGAGGCGCCACCACUGCCACGCCUGCGGCAAGAUCGUCUGCCGGAACUGCUCUCGGAACAAGUACCCUCUGAAGUACCUCAAGGACCGCAUGGCCAAGGUGUGUGACGGCUGCUACGGGGAGCUGAAGAAGAGGGGCGGGGACGCCCCAGGCCUGAUGAGAGAGCGGCCCCUGAGCAUGAGCUUCCCCCUCUCCUCCGCCCGCUUCUCGAGCAGCGCCUUCUCGUCCGUCUUCCACAGCAUCAACCCCUCGGCCUUCAGGAAGCAGAGGAAAGUCCCAUCGGCCCUGACCGAGGUGGCCGCCUCGGGAGAGGGCUCCGCCAUCAGCGGCUACCUCAGCCGGUGUAAGAAGGGCAAGAGGCACUGGAAGAAGCUCUGGUUCGUCAUCCAAGGCAAAGUGCUGUACACCUACGCGGCCCGUGAGGACACAGUGGCCUUGGAGAGUAUGCCCCUGCUCGGCUUCACCAUUGCGCCAGGCAAGGAGGAAGGCAGCAGUGAAGCCGGACCUACUUUUCAUCUUUAUCACAAGAAGACCCUAUUUUAUAGCUUCAAAGCCGAGGAUAGUAAUUCGGCUCAGAGGUGGAUCGAGGCCAUGGAAGACGCAAGUGUGUUAUAGCAGUUACCUAGCAUGUGGACUCAGAGGACACUCUUAGGUUGACAUGUGGACCCUUCUAGAAGCCGCUCCGUGUCGCCACCCGUCCGGCACACACCUGGGUUCAGCAUGGGGCCUGGCCUUUUCGGCCGUCACCCCUCCUUCACACCUUCACAAGUGGACCCGUUAAGGGAUAUUUAUGGACCUUUUCUGUCUCCGUGUUGUCCACCCUCCCCACUCCAGCGUUAACUAUUUCCCUUUCCAGUAGUGCGUUAAAAUUUAGUGACACGAGGACGUGGAAACCAGUAGAGAAGUACGUUGUAGAACUGCAGGCUUCUUAGUGGAAACAAGCUUUUACAGUUUUUUUUUUUUCACUCCUGGUAAACAUGAUCGCCUUUCAUGUCAUUGAUGUCGGUGCCUCAGGUGAAAUGAAAAACAACCAGUAGAUAACAGCUACUGUCAUCAAAAAGCACUUUAUUGUUUUCCUGAGCAGCAACCUCCGGUUUGAUUUUUUUCCCCCAAGGGACUUCCAUAAGUCAGCGGUAGGUGGAGCCCUGUGGAUUUAUUUGCCACCAGCCCUGGCUGUGGUGGACCAGCAGGUGACGCCGGGAGGCCCCCUGGCCUCGGAGGGCUCAGGGCCAGGAAACCCUGGGAGCAGAAGCGGAGGACUGUCUCCUCCAAGCGACCACUCACCCUGCAGACCGCCGCAGCUUCCUAAAGGAGGAAACUGCCUCCUCCCUAUAGCGGUCCUGACACCUCACCAGUGCUGGAAACUCGGCUGCUGCCAGACCCGGUCCCCACCCUGGAGGUCACCACAGACCCUCCUGAGAGAUGGGCUCUGCUUUAAUUUAUUGUGUGCCUUCCUGAGUUUACCCCGCACAGGCCGACAGCGAUAUGCUUGUGAGAACUGCCCUUGCUUUCGACAUCGUGAUCCUUCUGCUGUAUUCCUGAAGCCUUGAAAGAGAGGGAAGGAGAGAAGACAAGAUGCGAUGGGAAGGUGAAUUCGUGGUGUUGGCCAGUGGCUCUGGACACAGUUGAGGGAGGCCUAGAAUUGUGGCUUGAAGAUGCCCUGUGGGCGCCUGGGGCUUGGUCCCUUCCCGCUGAUGACUGCUCACGAUGCUGGACGUGUUUUUACAUAAAGCAGAGUGGCGGGGGGCCUCCUUGUUACUGUCAUCGAAAUAAAAAACAGUCAUAUCAUU